GCGGGUCUCAGUGGCUUUAAACUCAAGUUGCUUUGUUCUGGAUGAAGCCUGAGACGACAGAAAAUCCCUCGGAUGUUUGAUUCUCGUACUCACAACAUAAAUCUUAUCGUCAUGCUCUCGAGAAACUCCUGCUAACCAUAGUCCACACCAACAAGCAACAAAAUCCACCAUCGGUUAUCUCGCCAUCAGUUACCUUCUUCUCCGGUUACUCACCCACCACCAAUACCUAUUAUCAUUCUAUUCUUUAUCUUUUAUCUCUCAAAUUUCUCACUCAUCGUCCAAGCAGCUCCCCCUGUUUCUUUAUUCGAUUAGGAUUUGGAAGUGGGAAAAGGGAGAGAUGAAAUUCGGGUGUGCAUUCAGAGAGUACCUGCAGGAGGAGCGGGAGUGGUUCUUGGGCGAGAAAUGUGCUCACGUUGAAUACAGCAGGUUGAAGAAAGUGUUGAAGACUUGCAAGAAAGACACCUCUUCAGACAAGGACCUGUUGUGUCAGUGUCAGUCUUGCCCAUUAUGUGACCAACAGUUCUUCUCUGAGUUGAUGAAGGAAGCAUCAGAUGUGGUGGGGUACUUUAGUUCAAGAGUUCAGCAUCUCCUUCAUCUUCACAUUUCUACAGGAAUACACAGAUAUGUAUUGCGUUUGCGCCAGUGCUUUAAAAGUGAUACGCAAACCCUUACUCAAGAAGGGAGGAUUCUAAUCGAGUACAUUGCUAUGAAUGCUAUUGCGAUGAGGAAAAUACUUAAGAAAUAUGAUAAAGUACACAGCUCUGUUAAUGGGGAGAACUUCAAAUCUAGGAUGCACGCUCAACACAUUGAACUUUUGCACUCUCCUUGGAUAAUUGAAUUGGGUGCUUUUUAUCUGAAUUCUACUGGACUUGAUAGUUGUGAGCUUGACGGAGUCUAUGGUCACUUUUCUUGUGAUCUAAACAUAAAUAAAGAUGUAAUGACAUUGGUUCUUCCCGAUUCUAUUAAGCUCGAGUAUUCUCUAACUUGUGCAAUUUGUCUGGAUCUUGUUUUCAACCCUUAUGCUUUGAGUUGUGGUCAUAUCUUCUGUAAGUCAUGUGCUUGCUCAGCUGCCUCUGUGAUGAUUUUUCAAGGCCUUAAAGCUGCCAGUCCAGAGUCGAAGUGUCCUAUAUGCAGAGAGGUUGGCGUUUAUUCUAAGGCUGUGCGUAUGGUAGAACUUGAUCUACUUAUGAAAAGAAGGUGCAAAGAUUACUGGAGAGAGAGGCUAGCUAGUGAACGAGUUGACACAGUGAAGCAAUCCAAGGAAUACUGGAAUUUACAGUCCACAUAUGCAAUUGGAUUUCGCUAGGCUUUUAUACUAGAGCAAUGGAAACAUCUGAGUAGAAUACUGUUUGCAGAGACAGAAAUCCCUGGAAGAAUUACAUGACUGAGUUUGCGUUUUUGACUGAACUGUUAGGUGAGGUAGGAUUUAUUUAGUUAGUUCCUAAUGCCUUAGCCAUUAGCCUGAAGAUGGAAAAAGUAAAUAAAGACAAAGACGCAUUUCCUGACGGAAGAAUAGAAGAAUUUCUCGAUGAAAAAGGAGACGAUUUCUGAUUCGAUA